AUGGACACCAAACACCGAAUUCCUACUUCCACUGAAUUCCUACAUACAGUGACAGAUGGUAUGAAGAGAUUUAGUGUGUGUCUUCGAAGUAAGAUUUGUAGUUGUGGAAGGUUUCAACUUGAUGAGAUACCAUGUGGACAUGCUUUGGCUACUAUAAUGUACAGACACCAACAUGGAGAGGACUACUGCUCUGCCUACUACAGCAAUAAAAAUUUCAAAGACACAUAUGCCAUACCAGUGGAACAAAUUGUUUUACCACCAAAUUCUAAAAGAUCUCCAGGGAGGCCAUCAUUGAAGAGAAUGAAACCAUUUUAUGAGGUGAAAUUUAAGAGGGCAAAGAUGACAUGUAGCAAGUGUGGCAUAGAGGGGCACAACAAGAAGAUAUGUAGCAAUUUGCCCAAAUGA